AUGCCCGCCUCCAUCUCAUCCAGAGUCAGCGUCGCCAAAUCAAGCACUCAACACAAGGCAUCCUUGGCUAAACGCUUGCUAUUUCCGACGUUGUCCUCCUCUGAACUUCCUGCACUCUUUGCCACGCCCUCAACACCUCCUGAACUCACCGAAGAGGUCUAUGAUUUCUUUGCCCUGGCUUUACGUGCUUUCGUGAAUCCUUGGUGGACGAAAAUUACCCGUUAUGACAAGGAAUUUCUGCCAGACAUCACGCGAAUCCUUACCCACGUCGUCCGCGCUGUUGAAGCACGCGUGCUCGAACACGAUCUCUCCCCUCUUGUUUUUCGCGACAUCCCGGCGAUCGUAACCCAGCACUACCGCGAUUACCGGACCGCGGAAAGCAAGCUCACUACAUCUUACGCGGCAGGUGGCUCGGCGACCUUGCCCGUUCUAUUUCAUGGACUUCAAUCCCAUAUGGCUGUCACUGCAGAGGGCCAGAUUGACCCUGAAUACAUGCGACAGGUCGUGGAUCACGUUCUGAAAGCAUGCCUGCCAAUCGAAGAUUAUAGUCCUGAGCCGGAGAGACUGGUCAUCCGGGAGAUAGUCGUAAAAAUCCUCGUGAGGGACGUCAUCCCCAAGCUCAGUCAACCUUGGUUCAUCCAGAAGAUGAUCCUAGAUCAACUGGGUCAUUCUGAUCCAGCUCUUUCCACAUCCCCUUCUCCGUUGCCGCCUACGAUGUCGGUCACGACGUCCGUGUCCUCUUCGUCUACAUCGUCGCCAUAUGCUAUCCCAUCAUAUGACUCGCCGGAAUCUUGCGACUAUGCGAUACCCUCCCUCACGCUCGUCUCGGAAAUCUUCACGACCAAUGCACGCUUAGCCUCGUCGACGCUUGCCAAUUCAUUCGAUGCAGUAGUGACGGCAUCUAGGCUGUUACCAUAUCUUCUUGCGCAGACGCUCACUCCGAAGCUGGUUCUUUCGAUAGUGCGCAACGCAAAACGGACUCUGUUUCCCAAUGGAUAUCCAGCACCCGCGCCGCCAGAUCCGACUCCAGAAGAGCAAGCGCAAAUGCGUGCGCGUCUGCUUGCCUAUCGGGCAAAGUCUGCUUGGUUGGAAUCGCAUGUUUUACCUCUUUUGCUCGGGUCCGAUCCCUCGACGACAAUUGCGACCGCGAUCGACCCAUUGUCCAGUCAGGAAUGCAAUGCCCAUCUCAUCGUACUAUUGUUGGAUUGUAUCUUAGGCACUUUGUUUCCGGAGCUGCUUCACGGUACAUGAAAUGCACGAUUUCACGCAUAUGGCAUCGAGACCCCGGCUGCUUUUGGAGAUGUCUUUUUUUGAGCCGGGAGUGCACUCUUUGUUUGACUGAAGAAUUCGUAUGUAGCUAGCAAGUACAAGACGCACGCGCGCUCAGUUGUCUUCUUCGGCAUCGCCCCAUCCGCUGGCGACUUCUUCUUCCACCGGACCAUCGUCCAUCAACUCUUCCGACGGGGCUGUCUCGUGGUUUUUCGCUGCCGGCAACGUUGCGGGCAGAAUUGGACCCGGCCCAUUCUGCCACGAAAUUUGCACGUUUCCGACAAGAGAAAUGUUGUUGCCCUUGGCCAGGCCUUGCUCAGCACCGCUGCGGCUUUUGAAGGAGACGAAGAUGUCGCCAUUCUCCGCGGUGUCCACGGAAGAGACUUGUCCAGUCGUCUGCAAAUCAAUAUGUUCAAGCAGAACUCGGACACUGAAAACUCUGUACGAACCUCGAACCAGUCUCGCACGGACUGCAGGCUGUCCUCUUUCGCACCUUUCACAACGAGUGUUUUCGGUCGGUUGUCGAGUUUCAUACUGCCCCGAGGAGGUCCGCCUCUCGCUGCUCCUCGAUAAUAGCUGCGGCCACCUCGGCCACGACCUCGAUAUGGACGAUAUGCCCCAUUCCAGCUACCGUCAUGGCCGGUUUCAGAUAAUCCCAGACUGGCAGCCUUGAUAGGCAUUAGAAAUGAGACCGCAUAUAAUAUUAAACACGCUACCUCUGCUUUCAGACGCUCCAGUUUGGCUUUCAGAUCUUCAGAGGAUUCUUCUUCAUUGCUCUGAGCUGCGUGUUGGUCGAGCUCCUUGUCCAACCGAUCACGCUCCUUCUUCUCUGUGUCCUGACUCUUCGGUGCCGGCACCGAGAUAGCAGACGUUGCGGUCAUCUCUUCGUCCAGCUUGCGAAGCCGAGCCAUGAUAUCCUUCUUUUCAUCGCCCGAAGUCGCCGAGGUCAGAGACGCAAUAAGCGUCUUUUGCUCUGCGAUUUGUUUCUCGAGCAGCUGGUGCUUGGCAGCGAGAGAGGCGGCGGCAGUCGGUUUGUUUGGAGGAGGCGCGACCGGAGGCACCUCUUUCUUCGGUCCAACAAGCGGUCCCGACGCGGCAAGCAUUCGUUGACCCGUUUGUCCGUGACCCUCCAUCGGACGAUGCCAGAACACUUUGACGAAUCGAUUGUUGAACACAGCAUCCUCCGAUUUCCAUGCAGUGUAUGCUUCUUCAUGCGUGGCAAACUGAACCAGGCUUUGGCGCUUGGUCGAUCCACCGCCACAUUCGUCACAACUCCAAAUCGCUUGAACCACUCGUUCACUUGAUCCAAGGUGAGCUUGUCUUCUGGUAUUUUCUCGACCACCAGAGUCUUAUCGCUUCGACGUUCUGUGUUGUUGAACUUGUGUGCGUCCCCAUGGAAGGUCCCUUUGCCUCGUCCUCGUGAACCGCCACGGAAAUUGGAGUUGUGAUGCAUUGACCCGUCCACAUCCAUCGAAAAAGAGGAUGUGCCGCUCGAUGGCCCUGCGAAAGCGGGAAUGAGAUCUGAAGGUAAUGUGGGGAUGUGGUUUUGCGGAGACUGUGCAGUGAUUUGCCCUGCGGCUAUUGCAUCGGGCGCAUUCUGGUCGACCUGUGGCGUGAGAUCUUGGAUGACGGGUAGUUCUCCAGACUGAUGCAUUCGUGCAUUUUCUGGAUGAGCUCUUGGCAUGACUGGAGCUCUGGGUUGUGGACGGGCAGCUCCAUUCAUCGGCAUGUCCAUGCGAGCUUCAUUCGGAUCGUAAGCCGGGCCUGACCCUCCUCCGUUCAUCCCAAAACCAUUGCCCGGGAACAUGGGCAUGAAUGGCAUAUUUCCUCCACCCAUGUUAUUGCCGUUCAUCGGGAAAAGCUGACUGGGCACUACAGCGUCCUCGCCGUGACUGAACUUGCAGUACGCCCCUCGGGAGCAAUACCCAUUGUCUGUCUGGAUCAAUACAACGUUGACAGAAAAGCAAUGGAACGCACUGUGGUAAUCCCUGCAGAUGCCUCGCUUCAUCUCAGGAGGCAUGUAACCGGGCGGCCGUCUGCCAUUCAUGACCCACCACCUCCGUUCAUCCCCAUGGCCAUAUGUGCUGACAUAUCCCGAUACAUUUGAGCGUCAACAUGAGGGCCCCAGACGCCCGUUGCCGGACCCCCACGGCCAUUCGAAUAGCGAGAGAAUUGGCCCUCAUUGCUGAGCCUCGGACCCUUGGCCGGACCCUGACCAUCCAUCUCCGCAUCCUCAAGACCGCGUUUCCGCGAUCGCUCGACCGAUGAGCCACCGACAGGUAUUGGUAUACCAAUGCCGGACGACGAGUCGACGGAGUAAGGAAGAUAUGACUUGGUGCGGAGAGCGGUGAAUAAUGUGUCGAUGAAUCGUGGGCAUUCUUUGCGAUACCAAGGGUCAGAGGAUGUGCCUUCACAAAAAGUCUGGUGGCGACGGACCUUUUUCCAAAAACUCUUCUAGUUGCGCCGUUAACUCCUUCCUCAUCUCCGGUUCUGGAACGUUAUGCUUGAGAAGCGCGAGUAUGUAGUCAGCAAGAGCCCCGGGCUCGGCGUCACAUCUGUGGAUGCCCCAAUUAGAUUAUCUAUGUUGUGUGUGUUCAAGGCAGAGUUGGGCAUACAUUGGCUCGAGUGUGCGAACAAGCCAUGGCUUGAGGUGCGGGGCAGUGCUAGGGUCAAAAAUCAUAGGACG